AUGGAUGCAGUUAUGCAUAUUUCCUAUUCCUGCAACGACUUCACAAUAGUCGGCAAGGCCUUGUUGAGCUUUUGCAAAGGUUUACCUGCAAAGGACUAUAUGCUUCUUACCAGGAUACUCUUCUCCAAAAAUACCCGGUAUAUCGGUUCAACGCACCACAAUACUAGAACAGGAGAAACAAGACCCAAAGACCUCAAGCUGCCAGUCACUUCAACGCCCAGCCCUGUUGUAGCCGCCUAA